AUGAGCGGAAUACUCUCAUUUUCGACGAGAAUCAAUAACAAAACCAUCAACAGAGCCAUACGAGUAUCAAAAUGCGGGAAGAGGUUUCUCUGUGCCAAGUUCGAAAGCAGUCCCUAUGACCUCUACAAGUUGGAUGCAGGUCCUGCCACAAGUACCGAACUAACGAAGGAAGAUGCUUUGAAAUUUUUCAGAUCGAUGAACCUGAUCCGCAAGAUGGAAAGGGAGAUAAGCGUUUUGUACUCCAAGAAAAUCGUUAGAGGAUUCUGUCACCUCUAUUCCGGACAGGAAGCUGUCUGUGUUGGCACCAGGUCUUUGAUGAUACCUACGGACACCGCCAUAACUUCCUACAGGUGCCACGCUUGGAUGAUGUCGAUGGGCAAUUCGAUUCAGUCUAUCAUAGCGGAAGUGGCAGGAGUUAAAUCAGGUUGCUCAAAGGGCAAGGGAGGAUCAAUGCACAUGUUCGGUCCCAACAUCUACGGUGGCGCCGCUAUAGUCGGAGCCCACGUGCCACUCGGUACAGGGCUCGCCCUGGCACACAAGUACAAAGGCGAUGGAGGGGUCUGCAUAACCAUCUACGGUGACGGUGCCACUGACCAAGGUCAGGUCUUCGAAGCGAUGAACCAAGCCAAGCUGCUCUCACUACCCGUUCUUUAUCUAAUAGAGAACAACAUAUACUCCAUGGGAACACCACUUUCUCGGCAUUCUGCCAAUCAGGAUCUAUACACGAGGGGUGACGCUGUACCAGGAAUCAGAAUGGACGGGAUGGACAUUCUGUCAGUAAGGGAAGGAGUGAAGUUUUGUUUAGAAUACAUCCGCGGUGGGAACGGCCCAAUUGUGUUGGAACUUUUGACUUAUAGAUACUUCGGGCAUUCCCUCUCAGACCCUGGUACCAGUUACAGGAGCAGAGACGAGAUCAAGCAAGUGAGAGAAAUGAAAGAUCCUAUAAUGUUGUUGAAGAACAAGAUCUUAUCUAGCAACCUUGCGACGGAAGAGGAACUAAAUGAGGUUGAUAAAGCAACCAAGGUGGAAGUGGAGAAAACUGUAAAAACAGCGGUGGGAGAUAAGCCACUAGACAAUGAGGAACUGGGAUAUGAUAUUUAUUGCAAUUAUAAGGGCGCUAUUAGGAUGCCCGGGUAUGGCAAAUUUAUCCAACACAAAAACACCGCUACUUUCGGCUCUUGCAAGUAA